AUGUUCGCUAGAGGGGUUAACGCCGUGUGCAAGAAAAGCUUCUCGGUGGCGCAGAACCACCAUCCCUCUUCUACCGAGGCAAAGCAAAAGAGGGAAUCCGACAGGCAAUUCUUGAUCUCCGUGCUCGAGUCGUCCGCCACCAAGCGUGACGCCAAAGCCUACCUCCAGACCUUCGGCUCCUCUCCCGACUCUGGGCCAAAGAAAUCGCCGGCUUUUACUACUGUCCUGGACGAUGGACUCAGGCGCUUUGUCCAAGGCCCAGUAAGGGUCUCUAUCGCGGAUACCGGUGAGGCGCCGCACAUCGCCAUCGUGAAGCUUAGGGAGCCGGAGACUUGGGAUGAAUUUCUCCUCGACGGCGUCGCCAAGACACUCACGCAGCUGCGUGACCUAGGCUUACGAAGCGUCAUCGUUCUCGAUUGCGACCUGAACGGGGAAAAGGGUCUCCGUUGGCAGGAACUCGUCUCCCAACAGACUGACCGUGUUAUCAGGGCCAUUGGUCGGUAUGGCUCUCCUGGCGCGGAACUAGUGGACUCGGUUGUGUGGAAGAAGAAUGGGGCGGCGCGGAAUCUCUCCUCCAUCGCCUCCACAGACCUGUUUGUCGGUUUCGCGCCAGCCAUUACCACACCGCUUAGGCAUGGCCAUCUUGUCGUGGUGCCACCCCGUGCGCUAGAUGAGGAGACGCUCAGGCACACAGCGGCCGAUGGCAAUCAGAUCGUCUUUGCUUUAACCAAUUUCUUUACGGGUCUGCAGUUUGACGAAGGGCCGUCUACGCACGAGGCGGCAGAAACGGUCUCGGAUCGUCGUCCGUUGCGCAAAGCGCAGGUAGACAGAAUCAUUGUCAUCGAUCCCUUUGGAGGUAUCCCAGCAACUGGCCACGGGGAUGGCGCUCGUGUCUUCGUCAACCUGGAAGAAGAGUUCGACAAGCUCCAAGCAGCUCUCGCGGUCCCAGGGCGACACGGCAGCUCGAGAGCCAAGCACGCAGAGAACCUGAACUUGGUCAAGAGCACGCUAGCUAUUCUACCGCCAACGGCGUCGGCAAUCAUAACCAGUCCGACGGAGGCGGCAAAUAUCCGGCCCACACCCAGCCAAGGAGACCAGAUUGAUGCCAAACAGUUCGCGGGGGAGGUGAAGACCAGAAGGUGGCAAAACCCGCUAAUCCACAACCUUCUUACCGACAGGCCAAUAUACUCGGCCUCUCUGCCCAUCGGCAGGAUUAAACCAGCCGUCCGCGGCACCGAGCUGACGCCGCCGCUUAUGCCAACCACGACCCUCGCGAAAAGGGGCCUGCCAGUGACCAUUUUCCCAGACCCGCGCACGGGACCUUGGCAGCCCCCUAGACCGGGAGCACGGCGACUCAGACUAACAGACACGUGCAUCAACUUGCCGCGGCUAGUCCAUCUCAUCAACGACUCGUUCAACCGCAAGCUUGACGUCGAGCACUACCUCCGCCGCGUCCAAGACAGUCUUGCAGGCAUCAUCAUCGCAGGAGAGUACGAGGGCGGAGCAAUCCUGACCUGGGAACGGCCCUUCGGCAUGGACGAGGAGACGGCGUACAACGCCGGCAGACUCGUCCCGUACCUCGAUAAGUUUGCCGUGCUGAAAAAGAGUCAAGGCGCCGGCGGCGUGGCGGAUAUCGUCUUCAACGCCAUGGUGCGUGACUGCUUCCCGGGGGGCGUGUGCUGGCGGAGCAGGAAGAACAAUCCAGUCAAUAAGUGGUACUUUGAGCGGUCAUGUGGGGUGAGGAAGCUGCCGGAUAGUAACUGGGCUAUGUUUUGGACAACUCCGGAGGCGGCGACGAGCGACCAGUUGAUGGGUGACUAUGAGGAUGUGUGUAGGAAUGUGGUGCCAUCUUGGGAGGAUACGAAGCCGGCGGAUUAGGAAUCCAUGCGAGACCCUGAUUCAAGUUCAACCUGGAAGUUCAAUGGGUGAGUGGAUAGAUAGCUAUGAAAAUGAAGCAAAGUGUUGUUCCGCAUUCCGCGAUCUAUCCGUGAUUUCGUAUGCAACCG